AUGUUCCAUUUGCUAGUUACUAUCAUAUUUUUCUCAUCCAAACAAUGUAACGGUCAAUUAGGUUACGGUGGUAAUGGUUACUGUUCCACCUGUACACUGGAUAAUAGUGGUUCAAUCUCGCGAGGAUUCGGUUUCGGUGGUGGCAAUUAUGUUGGUUCGUCGAGUAUCGCAAAUUCAGACUUGGCUAGCCAAAAUUUGCAUUCAUUAUCCACAAGCAAUAGUUUCAUUAUUCCAAACAACGGCUAUGUCUAUGGUUCGAAUGGUUACGGUGUCGGUACAGGUUAUGGCAACAGCCAAACUGGUAAUAAUCUGAACUACGGUUCUCCCUCUACAAACGGGAUAUCCUGGAAUAACGCUUAUAGUUCUACCGGAAAUUAUGGCGCAGGAAGUGGAUAUAUGAAUUGUUACAAUAAUAACUGUUUAACAAGUAGCGAACUUAAUACAAUUCCCAGUGCAUCAGUGAAUACUGGUAUAAGUUACGGUAUUUCCGGAAGCAAUGACAUAUACAGUUCUUCGCUACCGGACAUGAGCUACAAGACCUACUCAUUACCUUCUGCUUCCAGUGUGUACCCUAAUUUAGGUUCAUUUUCAAACGCCUAUGUCAAUAACAGACAUUCAGGUCCGGAAAGUUAUUCAUUACCGAUCACAUACAGCAGCUAUCCGCCUGUGUAUGGUAGUUACGGUAGUCAAGGCAAUAUCAAUUCUCUGAGUAAUCUGUUUUUCCUUCCUAACUAUUCGGGAAGCCAAAAAGUAGUAGCUGCAGAUGAUGUUUCCGGAAUAGGAAAAUCGUUAUCAUCAUCGACCUCGGCUACUUCGUGA